AUGCCGCUGGGAAAAUACUACUGCGAUUACUGCGACAAACAAUUCCAGGAUACACCCACCGCCCGGCGACGCCACCUCAAAGGCACCGCCCACCAGAGGGCCAAAGCCCUCUGGUACGACGCCGUCCGCUCCUCCUCCCACUUUGCUGUGAAUGAGGUCGAAGAUCCUCUGUUUAUGGCCAAAGGAGUCUGCAAUUGGUUCGUCCGUACGGGGUCGUGCCAGUAUGGAGAUUCUUGUAAGUACUAUCAUCCCAAGAAGAAUGUACCGAAUCUGAAUACUCAAGGAGCUGAAGCUGCUGUACUUUUUGGAAAUCAAAUGGGGACAUCACUGGGGAACCUACCUCCGUCUUUAUGGCCACCUCCAGACGGUGGAUACCCGCCCCUAUCGUUCGUCGAUUGGGGAUAG